GUCGAGUAACACUAAAUAUAAAGAAAAAGUGAGGAAGAUUUUGGAAAUAGAGAAAUUAGUUUAUAUAAAUAGUCGAUAUUGCAAAGAAGACACUCAUCUCUAUGUACCCAAAUCAGAAACACAUCCUGAAGAAAACACAACAACAACAAAGGUGAUUAUAAUGGGGAGAGGAAAGGUAGAAGUGAAGAGAAUCGAGAACAAAACAAGCAGGCAAGUUACUUUCUCAAAGAGAAGAGCUGGACUUCUCAAGAAAACACAUGAACUCUCUGUGCUUUGUGAUGCUCAAAUUGGACUUAUCAUUUUCUCCACCAAAGGCAAAUUGUUUGAGUACUCCAGUCAACCCCACAGCAUGGGUGAAAUCAUUAGUAAGUAUCUCCACACAACUGGUGCCUCACUUCCAGUUCAUGAUUAUAGGGUGGAACAGUAUGAUGAAAUAGCAAAAAUGAAAAGGGAGACACUGAACCUUCAAUUGAGCCUUCAAAGAUACAAAGGUGAUGACUUGAACUCAGCACAGUAUGAGGAAUUGAAUGAACUUGAGAAACAGCUUGAAAAUGCUGUUAGCAAAGUUAGAGCUAGAAAGCUGGAACUCUUGCAACAGCAGAUGGAAAACCUGAAGAGAACGGAGAGAAUGUUGGAGAAGGAAAAUCAAGAAAUGUGCCAGUGGUUGAUGAACUAUGAAAUGUACAAGCAACAGCCAGCUGCAGUGAUGGAGCAGCAGCAACAACAAGAAGAAGCAGCAGCAGCACUUACUGAACUGAAUUUACUAGGAGAACAGCCAUUGUUGGCUCAAUUUUCAUUCUUUGGAGAUCAAGGGCAAUUUGGAGGAGCCACUACUAGUAAUUCUUCAGCCUACCGACUUCAGCCUUCUCAUCCUAACCUUCAACAUCCCUCAUCUUCCUCUGACUACCUAUGAUUGACGAUGCUUUAAAGAUGAGGAGGAGCUGCAAUUGCUGGGAAGCUGGACAAUGAAAUAUUACUAGAGAUAAUUUUACAUUUCCUUAGGCACAAGCCUAUGUACUUUAUUUAAUUAUUAUGCAUAGUAAGGAUCUAUUGGUUGUAAUUAGGAUAUCUAGUAGCUACGCACGGACGUAUACUCGGUUGUUGGGGAAAAAUUGGCAAAAGAUACAUUUCCAAAACUAUUGUCAUAUACCCACUAAAAAGUGGGGCCUACACGUGGGUCAAGUGACUAUUUCAUCAUUUUUAUAAUGUUGCAAAUUUAAUAUAAUACACCUAACA